AUGUCACAUGUUUUUGACAAUGACAUGGGAUACCGGACCUGGCUCGGUGCAAACGGCACUGCGGCAAGCACUGAGCAGCACAGAGGAACAUCCGAGGGCUAUGUUCAGCACCAUCGUCCCGCCAAAGGCCCGGCCUUUCUUCCCAUCAUCGUCAGCACUGACGGACUCUUGCAGGAUGAUGCGUUGCGAUUUCUGUGGUGGCUGGCGGAUCGCUCGGCGAACAAGGAAACGGCAGCGCUGGAUUUUCUCUGGGCCUCGCAAGUUGUCUGA